UUAAGUAAUAAGUUGUAGUGGGCAAAUUGUUAUUGUAUAUUUGUGUAAUUUUUUGUAAUCAAAUUAACACUUCAAAUAGAUUCCUUAAUAUUCGAGUAUUCACUCAAUAUUCAUUGAUAUUUGAGUUUAAUAGAAAAAAUCGUCAAGUUUAGACUGUUAUCAUUUCGUUGCAGAUAAAUUAAACAACAAAAUGGGUGAACGAAAAGGACAAAACCUUUAUUAUCCUCCUGACUAUGACCCUAAGGUUGGAGGAUUAAAUAAAUUUAUGGGUACUCAUGCUUUACGAGAGAGGGCCAGAAAAUUACACAUGGGCAUUCUAAUAAUACGGUUUGAAAUGCCAUAUAAUAUAUGGUGUGAAGGAUGCAAUAACCAUAUUGGUAUGGGUGUAAGAUACAAUGCUGAGAAGACAAAAAUUGGAAUGUACUAUAGUACCCCAGUUUAUCAAUUUCGAAUGAAGUGUCACUUAUGUGAUAAUCAUUUUGAAAUUAAAACUGAUCCUGGUAAUCUAGAUUAUGUUAUUGUGUCUGGAGCUAGACGUCAAGAGAACAGAUGGGACCCUACAGACAAUGGCCAGAUUGUACCUGAAACAAAGGAAACACAGAAAAAACUAUUUGAUGAUGCUAUGUUCAAGUUAGAACAUAAGACAGGAGACGAGGAAGCUAGUAAAUUGGAUAAACCACGCCUUGGACGCCUAGUAGGACGCAAUGAAAAUGUGUGGAAAGAUGACUAUGAUGCUAACUGUGCGUUAAGGAGAAACUUUAGGAAGCGAAGAAAAGAAUUAGAAGCAUCUGCUGUAAAUGACAGUUUACUCCUUGCAAAAUCAUCGCUUGACAUCAAUCUGCUCCCGGAAAAUGAUGAUGAUAGAAAUAUGGCUGCCCUACUCUCACUGAGACCCUCUCGAAGUAUUGAAGAGAAACAAACAGUCACACGAAACAAAAUUAUGAAUACCCCCGCCCUUCAAAGUAGUAGUGGACUCAUAACUAGCUUUGGGGGACUUAAAAAAGAAGAAUCCUUAAGUAAACAACAUGUUCUUACUAGAAAUAAUUUAGGUGUUGUUAUAAAAAAAAAUAAAGUUGAGAAAAAUUAUUUGGAUGAAAAACUUAAUGUAAACGAUAGUAGUGUUCAUAGUCCUUUAAUACAAAAUGAAGAUAUUCAAAAGGAUGAUACAGGUUUAGAUAAGAUAAACAACCAACAAAAUAAAAGAGAAUUAGUGGAUGGAAAAUGUAAGGAAAAAGUUUUGUCUUUGGUAGGUGAUUAUAGUUCAAGUGGAGAAAAUUCAGAGUGAGAAAGAAAUAGUGAAACACAUACGACAUUUAAAUCUUUGGGCUAACUCUAUGGGAUUUUAUUAUGCUCAACUCUUUCUGUUAUAUAAAUAAUAUAUAUUGACAUGUUCUUUUCAAAGUUAGUGACUUUGGGUUUAUUGCAUUAUUAACGAUAUAGAAUAUUUUAAAACAAAAACAUUCAAGUAACGUAUAGGCGUCAUAUAUAACGUAGACUACUAGUGUCCCGACCCGGCUUUGCACGGGUGGACAUUUAUUUUUAAAUAUUUUUUGUAGAUUUCUUGAGAGUUUUCUCUAGAGUUCUUUAAUAUUGUGGAACAUUGUUUUGCUGGCAUUUCUUACACCUUGGGUAACAUUAUUGUAGUUUUAAUAAUACGGUAGGUUGUGAACUUUUUAAAAUCGAUCCAGUACUUUUUGAGCCAAUUAGUUAAAAACAUACUUCCAUGCAAAUCUUUCCUACUUAUAAUAUUAGUAUAGAUAGAGCAUUUAUUAGUUACUAUUAAAAUAAAACAUUGUUUAAUGAAA